AUGGAUCCUUGCCUUAUGCAGCAUAGAAAAAGCAAGCGCGGAUGCAUGGGAUCAAAUGCUUACAAGGAUAAAGAUACAGUGUCAAAUGUAGAGAGCUCGGUAGAGAAGUCUGUCAGGAGAUCUCCAAGGCUGAUGAAUCACUCUGAAGCGGAAAGCUGCUGUCUGAAAGUUUCUUCACAAGAGAUAUCCCUGCGAAACUUGGAAUCCCUUGAAAAAAGCUGCUUCAAGGCCAUGUCCUUAAAACCUUCUGAUGUCGAAGCAUCAUCAAGAGAUAUAGAAGUCCAGCAUUUAUCUCUCUCAUGGCAUGAAUGUGGUGAUAAAGAACCUAUGCCCUUGAGGAGGUCUUCAAGGCUAAUAUCAGCCCCUGGAAACAGUGUUAGUGAAUCAUUGAAAAAUUUUGACCUUCAAAAAUUGGAUGAAAAGCACAUACGGAAAUCUCCUAGAUUUUCUCAUUGUGUGAAUGAAAGGCACAUAAGGAGAUCUCCUCGAUUUUCCCUUUCUGUGGCAGCAGAUGAGAAAAAUUCUAAUCUAAAUUCUAGUAUUGUUGGAUUGUUUGAUUCAGAAGAUGAGAGGAGGUCUUCAAGGCUAAUGCCAGCCCCUGAAAACGGCGAUAGUGAAUCAUUGAAAAAUGUUGACCUUGAAAAAUUGGAUGAAAAGCACAUGCGAAGAUCUCCUAUAUUUUCUCAUUGUGUGAAUGGAAAGGAGAUAAGGAGAUCUCCUAGAUUUUCCCCUUAUGUAGCAGCAGCUGAGAAAAACUCUAAUCUAAAUUCUAUUAUCUUUGGAUUGUCUGAUUCAAAAGAUGAGUUUCCAUCCAAGAAGAUAUUGAUGUCAUUAGGAAAAUCUGAUUCAAGAAUUUUUGAUGAAAAAUACUUGAGGCAAUCCCCAAAAGAAGCCACAGCUAUGUUUGAGAAUGAAGGAAGAGAAACAGAAUGCUCUUUGAUUGAAUUGCCCGAGACAUAUGUGAAACAGCAACCAAAGAAAAGGAAAACAUUGGAUUCAUCAGAGAACAGGCAAAAUAAACAAAGGAAUUGCAAAAGUACUUCCUUGAUUGGGGAUCCAAUUCCUGAUGUUGAAGCUCAAGAAAGAUGGGGUUGGCGGUAUCAAAUGAAGGACCUCAACAUUAAAUCAGAGAUAGAGUCAACGGUACGGCAGAUUGGGGGUAGAGUUUGA